GAAGGUCCAUGUGGGAAGUGGAUCCAGUCAAGGAUUGGAGGUGAAAGAGGCAGUCUCACAAACCAUGAGAGGCUUCACACAGGGGAGAAACCUUACACGUGUUGGGAAUGUGGGAGGAGCUUUUCUUGGAAGGCAAGUCUUUGGGCCCAUGAGAAGGUUCAUGCAGGAAUAAAAACUUACAAAUGCUUUGAGUGUGGAAAAUGUUUCACCCGGAGUUCAACUCUUUGGAAUCAUGCGAAAACACACAGAGGGGAGAAAAACGAAAAGUGCCUCGAAUGUGGGAAAUGUUUUAUCUCAAAAUCAAUCCUAGUGCAACAUCAGAGAAUUCACACCAGAGAGAGACCCUAUGAAUGCCCAGAAUGUGAGAGACGAUUUAUGUUUCCUUCUCUACUUCAGAGGCACCAGAAGGGGCACAAACGGGAGAAACCCUAUGAAUGUGGGGGAUGUGGGAAAGGGGAGAAAUUAUACAGAUGCCUAGAAUGUGGAAAAUGUUUUGCUCAACAGAUAAACCUUUGGAGACAUCAUAAAACCCACACAGGGGAGAAACCACAUCAAUGUAUCGAAUGUGGACAAUUUUAUUCUACCACAUCACAUCUUAGAAGUCAUGUAAAAACUCACACAGGGGAAAGAAAUUACAAAUGUUUAGACUGUGGGAGAGCAUUUGCUCAUUCAUGUUCCCUUAGAAACCACAGCCGAAUCCAUACAGGAGAGAAGCUCCAUAAAUGCUCGGAGUGCGAUAAAUGUUUUUCUCGGAAAGAUACUCUUGAGACCAAUGAGGACGUGUCCAUGAGCUCCACAGAGGAGAAGGGGGCGUUCUUGGAUCGGGACCCACCAACUUUUGGCCGGGACUCCGUUCUAGAGAAUUUGGAAAUCGUGGUUCAGUUGGAGAAGCAGCUUCCUACACAAAGGGCCAAUGGAUUAAGGAGAAAUCAAACUGGUCAUCAAUGA